AUGGCCGCCAUGGACUAUGAGGCACUCAAGGAGCAGUGGAGCGACGUUGAGGAGCGCGAUGGUGUCCGUCUCAGCUGGAAUGUUUUCCCCAGCUCCCGAAUGGAGGCUUCUCGACUCGUGGUACCGAUCGGAGCCCUGUAUACCCCCUUGAAAGAGAAGCCAGAGUCGCCGCUCCUGCAGUUCGAGCCAGUGACCUGCAAGCAACCGUGCCGCUCUGUCCUGAACCCCUUCUGCCAAGUUGACCUCAGGGCGCGUCUCUGGAUCUGCCCGUUCUGCCUGUCGCGAAAUGCGCUCCCACCACACUACAAAGACAUCUCGGCCAACGCGAUUCCUCCCGAGCUCCACCCCCAGAACACGACAAUCGAAUACAGGCUGUCUCGCCCCGCGCCGAGUCCGCCAAUCUUCCUAUAUGUCGUCGACACGUGCCAGGAGGAGGACAGCUUGGCUGCUCUGAAGGAGUCUUUGAUCAUGAGCUUGAGCUUGUUGCCAGAGAAUGCUCUGGUUGGGCUCAUCACCUUCGGCACCAUGGCUCAGGUCCACGAGAUUGGCUACACCGAAUGCGCCAAGUCAUAUGUCUUCCGCGGCAGCAAGGAAUACUCCGCUAAGCAAGUCCAGGAGAUGCUUGGACUGUCACAGCCUGCCCUGCGACCCGGCAUGCAGCCUCAGCCAGGACGUCCCAUGCCAAUGGGGCCGGCUGCCCGAUUCCUGCUCCCGGUUUCGCAGUGCGAAUUCAACCUCACCAAGGCCAUUGAGCAGCUGCAGAAGGACCCAUGGCCCGUCGCGAACGACCGCAGGAACUUGCGUUGCACAGGUGUUGCUCUGAGUGUGGCUGUUGGUCUCUUGGAGACCUCGUUCCAGAAUGCUGGUGGGCGCGUCAUGCUGUUCGCCGGUGGAGCAGCAACAGAAGGCCCUGGACUGGUCGUGGGACCCGAGCUGAGAGAGCCCAUCCGUUCCCACCAUGAUAUUGACCGCGACAACAUCAAGUACUACAAGAAGGCGCUCAAGUUCUACGACAACCUGGCCAAGCGGACCGCUCACAACGGCCAUAUCAUCGACAUCUUCGCCGGUUGUCUGGACCAGGUCGGACUUCUCGAGAUGAAGGGUCUCUGCAACUCCACAGGCGGUCACAUGAUUCUGACAGACAGUUUCACUUCCUCGAUGUUCAAGCAAUCGUUUGUACGAGUUUUCGACAAGGAUGACGAUGACAACCUGACAAUGGGCUUCAACGGUGUUCUCGAGGUCCUGACAACUAAGGAGCUAAAGGUUACCGGUCUCAUCGGGCACGCGGUCUCGCUAAACAAGAAGUCCACCUCCGUCGGCGAGACAGAAUGCGGUAUCGGAAACACCUGCUCGUGGAAGAUGUGCGGCAUUGAUCCUAACGCCAGUUACGGUAUCUACUUUGAGAUCGCUGGCCAAGGAGGCCCAGCGGCUCACCAGCAGACCCCUCAGAAGGGAAUGAUGCAGUUCUUGACCUACUAUCAGCAUUCUUCCGGGCAGUUCCACCUGCGGGUGACGACAGUCGCACGUAACAUGAGUGGGCCAGCUGGUGACCCAGCGAUCGCCCAGUCCUUCGAUCAAGAAGCUGCGGCAGUGCUCAUGUCCAGGAUUGCUGUCUUCAAGGCCGAAGUGGACGAUGGCCCUGACGUCCUGCGCUGGGUUGAUCGCAUGCUCAUUCGACUCUGCUCGAGAUUCGCCGACUACAGGAAGGACGACCCAUCAUCUUUCCGCCUCGAGAAGAACUUCACACUGUACCCUCAGUUCAUGUUCCAUCUCAGGAGGAGUCAGUUCCUCCAGGUCUUCAACAAUUCUCCAGACGAGACCGCCUUCUAUCGGCAUGUGCUCAACCACGAGGAUGUCAGCAACUCGCUCAUUAUGAUCCAGCCAACAUUGGACUCGUAUACGUUCGACCAGGACGAGGGCCAGCCUGUCCUUCUGGACUCUACCUCCAUACAACCUCAGCACAUCCUCCUCCUCGACACGUUCUUCCACAUCCUCAUCUUCCAUGGAGAGACCAUUGCCGAGUGGAGGAAGGCCGGGUACCAGGAGCAAGAGGGCUACGAGAAUUUCGCGGCCCUAUUGGAGAAGCCGAAGGAGGACGCCAGGGAUCUGAUUACCGACCGUUUCCCUCUCCCCCGUUUCAUCGUCUGUGACGCGGGUGGUUCGCAAGCUCGUUUCUUGCUGUCCAAGCUGAACCCCUCCACCACGCAUACGACGGGGGCGUACGGUGGCGUUGGGGCUCAGACUGCGCAGACCAUCUUCACAGACGAUGUGUCUCUACAAACAUUCAUGGAUCAUCUUAUGAAGCUCGCGGUGUUCUGA